AUGAAUGUUGCAUCGACAUUUCGCUUCGAAAGUCGAACGUUCGGCGCGCCAAUAGGUGAUCCGUGGGGUCCCGUGCGCGCGAAGCCGGCGCCACGCGACUCGGCGGCGGAUCCAAUUAGGAGUCGGCCGCGGGCGCACGGAUUAGGAGCGAAUGCUGGGGAUGCUCGUAAGGUCUAUGCUAGCCAGUCGAAGUCGGGUACUCUUUCAGGCUGUUCUUCUUCAAUAUCUCUCUGCGAUAUGAUUGAACCACCAGACUAUGAGGAGGUGUGUGAGCUGCUUAUGGGGGAAAAAGAUCCGCUCGCAUACCCUCCAAACGACAUUGAGCUAAUCACGGUGCCCAGGCGAAUACGGACCGUGAAACAUAUACUGCCCGAUGAAGACCUCACGAAAGCGCCGAUGUUCGUCCGCGACUGCAUCCGCUGCUACACUAAAGACUACACUGUGGUCGAGUAUAAGUACCGGAUGUACUCGGGUUCGGCUGGUGGACGCGAGCGGCUCGCCGAGCGGCUCGACAAGCUGCUCAGCGCGCCGCCUCAGUACUACGAGGUGGACGCGGAGCCCUGCGCACCGCUGGAUGAUCUCGCGUUGCAACAAUUUGAAUCUCAACCGUCCAGUGGCCGGCAAUCCGUAGCAUCUAUAACAUCAUCACUCUCCUGCAAUGAGACGCUAACGCCGCGUGGCUCAUGGGCGAGUUUGGACCUUCAAAGCUCCUCCUCUGAUCCCUUAAUACCGGACCUGUUCGAAAAGAAACCUCCGGAACAAAUGGAUGCAUUAAAUGAAGCUAGGAGGUUAGAAAAUCGCCAAGCUGACCUCCUCGGUCUAUAUACCCCAUAUCUAGAUGAAGAGGAAGCAGUGGAAAGGAGGCUUGCAGCUGAAAUGCCCUGCGAGGUAAUGGGCCACAGGAUUUUGGUAGUCUGCCACCAAUUAAAAUUGGAAUUGGACGUCGAGCCGUUGUUCGCAUCUAUGGCGCUGUUCGAUGCAAAGGAAAAGAAGAAGCUCUCGGAGAACUUCUACUUCAACCUCAACUCGGAGACUACUCGUCAGAUGCUGUCAGCGCAUAUCCCUCACGCGGACAUAUCUACUAUGAGCCGCAGCGCAGUCUUUGACAUCCUGAAUCCGUCGCCCGACAUUUUCUUGGUGGUCAGAGUGGAGAAGGUCCUCCAGGGAGAUGUCAAUGAGUGCGUUGAACCUUAUAUUAAGGAUGAUAAGAACCGCGAGAAGGUGCGUAGCGGCGCCCAGGCCGCCUGCAGCCGACUGGGGAAGUACCGCAUGCCGCUGUGCUGGAGCGCCGUCUCUCUCCUGAACAUCCUCAGCGGCUCCAACAGCCUGGAGCGGGAGGGAGCGGACAAAGAAGGUCUGCCCCCCGGACCCGCCUGCCCCACCCCAGGCACCAACACCAACAGCCUCGAUCGCAAGGCCUCCUCCAGCAGUUUAGAACAGCUCAGACGGAGGGCCGGUGAAGUAGGGGGCUCCCUCACACGCAAAGGCUCCAUAGAGAGGCGGGCGUUGCCAGUCCAGCAAGCGGACGAGCUGGUCGCACACCUGGACAGCUUCAAGCCCAUCGUCAUAACCGUUACUAGCUUUUUCAAGCAGGAAACAGACAAGCUGCGCGAUGAGGACUUGUACAAAUUCUUGGCAGAGAUAAAACGACCAAGCUCAGCACCAAAGAAGCUGAAAUGCAUCCCAGGAACUCUCAAAAUAGAAGUGUCACCGUGCCCUGAUGAGAUCAAGAAUGGCUUGACCCCAGAGUUGGCAAAGUUAAGUCCUUAUGGAGCAGCGUUCCGUCCCGCAGAGGAGCCGGUGCGUCCGUGCAAGGAGGUGCUGGCGUUGGGCGCGGGCGGCGCGGGGGGGGCGGGGGGAGCGGGGGGCGCGGGGCCGGUGCCGCACCUGCAGUACCGCAACCUGCUGUUCCUCUCCGUGCGCGAUCUCAACCUCGCCGCCUACACCUCGCGGACCGGCUCGGCGAGGAACAUCACCGUGCGGGUGCAGCUGAUGGCAGGGGAGCAGCAGUCGUCCGCGCUGCCAGCCAUCUUCGGCCGCAGCUCUUGCCCGGAAUUCAGCACGGAGGCCUACACCACCGUCCUCUACCACAACAAGAGUCCAUCACUGUACGAUGAGAUCAAGCUGAAGCUGCCCGCAGACCUCGGAGACCAGCACCACCUUCUGUUCACCUUCUUGCACGUCUCCUGCCAGAGGAAGCCCGUGCCACCAGACCAGGAGAAGAGCGUGGAGACACCCGUCGGCUACUCGUGGCUGCCGCUGUGCCGCAACGGCAAGCUGACCUGCGGCGAGUUCGGGCUGCCGGUGAUGCAGGAGGAGCCGCCGCCGAACUACUCCUACAUAUUCCCGGACGUGCUGCUGCCCGGCACGCGCUGGAUCGACAACCACAGGCCCAUCUUCACCAUCUCGCUGGACGCGCACACCACCGUCCAUCCGCAGGACGUUUACAUAGAGAGGUUCGCGAUGGCGUGCGAGGCUGUGCAGGAAGGCAACAUCCCGCCGAGGAUCGGGCUGGCCAACAUGGAAGCGGAACUUCGUGCCAGCAUCGCCGAGCUGCCCACGGCGAGCGUGGAGGUGGUGGCGCGCUACCUGCCGGUGCUGUGCGACAAGCUGCUGCAGCUGCUGGUGGCGCCCCCCUCGCUGGACGGGCAGCCGCUCAACAUCGCGCAGGACGUCUUCACCUGCCUGGCGCACCUCUUCACCGACAUCACGAACAUGAACGACGGCGCAUCGUGCGACGGCCACGGCCGCAGCAGCCUCAUCACCUGCUACGUGCAGUACCAGUGCACCAUCCCUAGACCCUCGCUGGCCGAUGCGGACAUCGGCCUGCCCCUUCCACCUUCAGUGAUGAGCGACGGGUCAUGCAAGAUCUUGCACGAGGAACUUGCACUGCAGUGGGUAGUGGCCAGCGGAGCCACGAGGGAUCUGGCGAUGCACAACUCCUGGGCGCUGUUCGAGCUGAUGAUCAAGUCGAUGGUGGAGUACCUGUACUGGAGCGGGGCGCACGAGGCGCCGCGCAAGGCGCGCUUCCCCGACCAGUUCACCGACGAUCUCACCACGCUCGUCAACAACGUCACGGCCGAGAUCAUCUCCAGCUACGGCAAGAACAGCCGGCUCACGCAGAGCCUGAACAACAGCCUGGCCUUCUUCCUGUUCGACCUGCUCAGCAUCAUGGACCGCGGCCACGUGCUCAACCUGGUGCGCGGCUACCACAAGCAGAUGUCCGCCAAGAUCGCCUCGCUGCCCGACGCGGUGCCGCUGGUCCAUUACAAGCUGGCGUUCCUGCGCAUCAUCUGUUCCCACGAGCACUAUGUGUCGCUGUGCCUGCCGGGUGGGGGGGACGCGGAGGCUGUGGCGGAGUGUGGCGCGGGAGGAGGCGGAGUGGGAGGGGGAGGCGGCGGGGCUUCCCCGCGCUCGGGCUCCCAGUCGCAGACGCCGCCAAUCGCGCUCAGCGUGGACUUCCGCUCCCGCCAUUACUUGGCCGGUCUUCUGCUAGCGGACCUCACGGCCGCGCUCGAGUUGCAGAGCCCGGUGCUGCAGUGCGCGGCCGUGAACGGCGUGCUGGCGCUGCUGACGGCGCACGACGCCGACCCGCGGCUGGCCGCGGCGCCGCUCAAGGCGCGCGUGGCGGCGCUCUACCUGCCGCUGCUCGGCAUCGUCAUGGACGCCCACCCGCAGCUGCACCGCGGCUUCCCCUCGCCCAAAGGUGCUCGCCUCUCCCCUCCCCCCGCACGUCAUGGACGCCCACCCGCAGCUGCACCGCGGCUUCCCCUCGCCCAAAGGUGCUCGCCUCUCCCCUCCCCCCGCACGUCAUGGACGCCCACCCGCAGGCGCUCCGCGGCUUCCCCUCGCCCAAAGGUGCUCGCCUCUCCCCUCCCCCCGCACGUCAUGGACGCCCACCCGCAGCUGCACCGCGGCUUCCCCUCGCCCAAAGGUGCUCGCCUCUCCCCUCCCCCCGCACGUCAUGGACGCCCACCCGCAGCUGCACCGCGGCUUCCCCUCGCCCAAGGUGCUCGCCUCUCCCCUCCCCCCCGCACGUCAUGGACGCCCACCCGCAGCUGCACCGCGGCUUCCCCUCGCCCAAAGGUGCUCGCCUCUCCCUCCCCUCCCCCCGCACGUCAUGGACGCCCACCCGCAGCUGCACCGCGGCUUCCCCUCGCCCAAAGGUACUCGCCUCUCCCCUCCCCCCGCACGUCAUGGACGCCCACCCGCAGCUGCACCGCGGCUUCCCCUCGCCCAAAGGUGCUCGCCUCUCCCCUCCCCCCGCACGUCAUGGACGCCCACCCGCAGCUGCACCGCGGCUUCCCCUCGCCCAAAGGUGCUCGCCUCUCCCCUCCCCCCCCCCCGCACGUCAUGGACGCCCACCCGCAGCUGCACCGCGGCUUCCCCUCGCCCAAAGGUGCUCGCCUCUCCCCUCCCCCCGCACGUCAUGGACGCCCACCCGCAGCUGCAACCGCGGCUUCCCCUCGCCCAAAGGUGCUCGCCUCUCCCCUCCCCCCGCCCGCCCUGGACGCCCACCCGCAGCUGCAACCGCGGCUUCCCCUCGCCAAAGGUGCUCGCCUCUCCCCUCCCCCCGCACGUCAUGGACGCCCACCCGCAGCUUGCACCGCGGCUUCCCCUCGCCCAAAGGUGCUCGCCUCUCCCCUCCCCCCGCACGUCAUGGACGCCCACCCGCAGCUGCACCGCGGCUUCCCCUCGCCCAAAGGUACUCGCCCUCUCCCCUCCCCCCGCACGUCAUGGACGCCCACCCGCAGCUGCACCGCGGCUUCCCCUCGCCCAAAGGUGCUCGCCUCUCCCCUCCCCCCGCACGUCAUGGACGCCCACCCGCAGCUGCACCGCGGCUUCCCCUCGCCCAAAGGUGCUCGCCUCUCCCCCCCCCCCCCCGCACGUCAUGGACGCCCACCCGCAGCUGCACCGCGGCUUCCCCUCGCCCAAAGGUGCUCGCCUCUCCCCUCCCCCCGCACGUCAUGGACGCCCACCCGCAGCUGCACCGCGGCUUCCCCUCGCCCAAAGGUGCUCGCCUCUCCCCUCCCCCCGCACGUCAUGGACGCCCACCCGCAGCUGCACCGCGGCUUCCCCUCGCCCAAAGGUACUCGCCUCUCCCCUCCCCCCGCACGUCAUGGACGCCCACCCGCAGCUGCACCGCGGCUUCCCCCCUCGCCCAAAGGUGCUCGCCUCUCCCCUCCCCCCGCACGUCAUGGACGCCCACCCGCAGCUGCACCGCGGCUUCCCCUCGCCCAAAGGUGCUCGCCUCUCCCCUCCCCCCGCACGUCAUGGACGCCCACCCGCAGCUGCACCGCGGCUUCCCCUCGCCCAAAGGUGCUCGCCUCUCCCCUCCCCCCGCACGUCAUGGACGCCCACCCGCAGCUGCACCGCGGCUUCCCCUCGCCCAAAGGUGCUCGCCUCCUCCCCUCCCCCCCGCACGUCAUGGACGCCCACCCGCAGCUGCACCGCGGCUUCCCCUCGCCCAAAGGUACUCGCCUCUCCCCUCCCCCCCGCACGUCAUGGACGCCCACCCGCAGCUGCACCGCGGCUUCCCCUCGCCCAAAGGUGCUCGCCUCUCCCCUCCCCCCGCACGUCAUGGACGCCCACCCGCAGCUGCACCGCGGCUUCCCCUCGCCCAAAGGUGCUCGCCUCUCCCCUCCCCCCGCACGUCAUGGACGCCCACCCGCAGCUGCACCGCGGCUUCCCCUCGCCCAAAGGUGCUCGCCUCUCCCCUCCCCCCGCACGUCAUGGACGCCCACCCGCAGCUGCACCGCGGCUUCCCCUCGCCCAAAGGUGGCUCGCCUCUCCCCUCCCCCCGCACGUCAUGGACGCCCACCCGCAGCUGCACUGCGGCUUCCCCUCGCCCAAAGGUGCUCGCCUCUCUCCUCGCCCCGCCCCCCCUCCCCUCCCCUCCCCCCGCACUCGAAGCGUAUACUCUCGUUGUUGUACCGAACUCUCGAAACUAAAUUUCGUAUCCGCUCG